AUGCUGAAAUGGUCGGGCGACUAUUCCCUUCCUCGUCUUCGCGCAAAGCUUGCAACCACGGGAGCGGGCACUGAACAGACAGAGCCAGACUACGCAGAGGUCUACCGCCCUGACCUGGGACAAAGCACGAUACUGCGAAAGGAAUCGCCGGAGUUUUUCGCAGCUGUGGCUGAGACUGGUGGCUUCGAGGCCUUUGCACGUAGUAGCGGGUGCAAUGUUCUCAAGAAGGCUUCACGCUCCCCCCUCGCCAAGACCGGCAGCUUUGCUGGGAGGACCACACUUGGCCAAUCUUUUGGCCAGACGACCUUCACAGAUCUUAACCAGACUUCAAUGACUCGGACGCGUUCAGUACCAACGUUGGGCUCCCGCUCGGUUGAGAAAUGGCCGGCCGCUGUGGAGCCGUUGCCCCCGACCUGGCAUGUGGCCUCAACCUCGAGCUUGCCUGGACUGGCAAAGUCAACCUCCAGGGGUUCGCUGCUCUCCAGAGCAAUUCCCACGCCUCCUGCAGCGGACGACGCAAAAGAGAAGCAGGUUGAAGCAGCCUGCAAAAAGCUGUGGACUGCAGUGCAUGGCAGCGAGAAGUAUAUCAAGGAUGAGAUCAAGAGACUGCACAAGGAAGAGCCUGGAGUCAGCAACCAGGCUUUCCUUGCCAAGUUAAACAAGGCUGAUGCGAAUUUCCCAUCCAUCAAGAAGGCCCUCAAGACGGGUGCCAAGAUUGAUUGGAAAAAUCCAGAGUGGGAUGGAGCGACUUUGCUUAUACGAGCAGCGCGCACUGGCUCUUUGGAGCUUGCGAAGUUCUGCCUGUCACAAGCAGCCAACAUCACUGAGAGAGACAACUCUGGCAGAGGGGUCUUGCACUGGACGGCAUUGUCUGGCAACAAUGAACUCAUGCAGUACUUUCUGACAGAAUAUCGGGAGCAACUCAAUGUUGCGCAAGAAGAUGGUGGUGGCGACAGCCCGCUUCAUCUUGGAGCAUACGCAGGUCAGCUUGGUGUUGUUCGGCUUCUAAUUCGAGCCGAUGCCAGAGAAACGCAAAAUGCUGGCGGAUUUACUCCAACGCAGCUGGCAGAGGCCAGGCGUAUGUGGCAUGUUGUGAGACACCUCCGAGAAAAUCAGAACGAUGAUGUUGUAAAGGAACGCUUGGGCCACAUUCUGAGAUAUAACAAGAGUGAAGAAGCCGAGGAGGAGGAUGUUCCCUUGCGAGAGCUGGUGUUCCGCCCAUGCAACAUUGAGAAAGCUGACCAGCUGAUUGCCCUGCAGGAUGAUUGA